AUGACUUCCGCUACAUCAGUUGGUAUUAGAGUUAGAUCAUAUCUGGAUUCAACUAUGCAAGCGAGGAAAAAUCAGCAGCGUGUGGAAGACGUUUUUGAACGUGAUCAUAUUCGGCUAUCUAACAGCCUAAUAGAGGCCAGAAUUUUCAACGUGAAGGAUUUUCUACAUUUGGAGACAAGAAGGAUGCUGAAUAUUAUGAAGAGGAUCCACAACAGUAGACAGGGCGCGCUGAUGAUGAUCAACGACGUUGAGAGUAUGAAUCCAUGUGCAGUUCCAGCCCUUCUCACACCUAAGAAGGCUGUGUCUUUUUGCAUGUGUGUGGACAAUCGAGAAAUCAACAAAAUCACAGCCUGGUACCAUUUUUCUAUUCCACGACUUGAUGAUUUUCUUGAUCAUAUCAGUAGGGGGACAAUUUUUACCAAGAUGGAUUUGGAGAGCGGAUACCAUCAUAUUCGCAUGGGUACGAGUGGAAAACGACUUUCAAAACUUAUGAAGGGGUGUAUGAGUGGUUGGUGA